AUGAAAAUGAGUCAGCUCGGAACAGUCUAUGCGACCAAACGGAGGCGUCGUAAUGGUAAAAGCAUUAAGACCACGCCGAAGGAAGGCAUCACGAAGAGUAACCCUUCCAAGCGACACCGGGAGCGGUUAAAUGCUGAGCUAGACUUGCUGGCUUCGCUGUUGCCUUUCGAGCAAAACAUACUGAGUAAAUUGGACCGGUUAAGCAUCCUGCGGCUGUCGGUUAGCUAUCUAAGGAUUAAGAGCUAUUUUCAAGUUGUGAUGCAUAAAGAUAAAAGCGAGAAUGGUUUGCUACCACAAUCCGUUUCCGACGAAAGCUAUCGAGCACGUGACUUUACAUCGUACGAUCACAGUUUCAUCGUUGAUAGCGAUAUGUUUUUACAGGCAUUAAAUGGCUUCAUAAUGAUACUCACCUGUGAAGGCGAAGUGUUCUUCGCCACUCACACGAUUGAAAGCUACUUGGGUUUUCAUCAGUCAGACAUCAUACACCAAUCAGUAUAUGAGCUGGUACAUUCGGAAGAUCGCGAGGAGCUACAGAAGCAGCUGCUAUGGAACUCCUUUCUACCGGCGGACCUUUCCGGCAUACAGCUAACGGAAGCGUUGGUACCGGAAAAGGACAAACUGCUGGAGCGUAGCUUUACCGUGCGAUUUCGCUGUUUGCUCGACAACACAUCCGGCUUUCUGCGCCUGGAUAUACGAGGUCGGGUGAAGGUGUUGCAUGGACAGAACAAGAAGAACGAAGAGCCACCGCUGGCACUAUUCGCCUUCUGCACCCCGUUUGGACCGCCUAGCUUGCUGGAGAUUCCCCCGAAGGAGAACAUGUUCAAGUCAAAGCACAAGCUGGACUUUUCACUCGUUUCGAUGGAUCACAAGGGGAAGAACACACUCGGCUACUCAGACUCCGAGCUGGCCAACAUGGGAGGCUACGAUCUGGUGCACUAUGACGAUCUGGCGUACGUGGCAAGCGCUCAUCAGGAAUUACUGAAAACCGGCGCGUCGGGCAUGAUAGCGUAUCGAUAUCAGAAAAAGGACGGCGCCUGGCAGUGGCUGCAGACCAGCUCGAGGCUGGUGUACAAGAACUCGAAACCGGACUUUGUGAUCUGCACGCAUCGGCAGCUGAUGGAAGAGGAAGGUCGCGACCUGCUCGGGAAACGAACGAUGGACUUUAAAGUUAGCUAUCUGGAUGCAGGCAUUUCUUCGACCUACUUCGAGUCGGAUCAGCUGAUCAUAAGUUCGAAUAGCACGAGUGCCCCAAGUUCACCAACAACCUCGCAGCAGCGUGCCAAUCGGCGCUACAAAACCCAGCUGCGCGAUUUUCUCUCAACUUGCCGCCAUAAACGAAAACUUCCCAACCAAUGCGCAAAUGAACCGGUAUCGCCGAACGUGGCGGUGGUCGACUACAUACCCGGUGGACCUCCGGGUACGGCGGCCGCAGCCGCUGCAGUCGCCGCAGCCGCCUACACAAACACCAUUAAUAGUGUGUACUCGCCAGCCGCACACUUUGCUGGUGCCGGCCCGGACAACGUCUAUAUGGGCGGCCCGGUCCAUUCGCCGAACUUUUAUCCGAUGCCCGAUAACAUAUUCCACCAGUAUCGGCUACAAGGUGUAAGUGGCUACUAUCCCGAGUAUCAUACGAGCACUAGUGCAUCCACCUUUGUACCUACUAACGGGCUUAUUCCGUACGACAGUUAUGGAAUCACUAAAGAGGACACCAUGCGGUGGCACGAAGGGACAAAAGGCUACGGUACCGGCGGCGAUCCAAACCAGUCGCACCCGGCCGGCGGAUCGAGUGGCACUGAGAGUGGCGCCGGGGAGUCCACCUAUCUGGUCGGCGGCUUCGCCACAGCCCCCAGCGGUGCCGAUACAAGCUCUCCGCAUGUCCCCAAGAGCUCGUGCCACCAGGGUCAGAGUGCGUCGCCACACUCAUCGGAGGAGCUAGUUGAUCCGUGCUGCACGGCAGAUAACGCCGCACCGACCAAAGACUCGCUAGAGCAGCACUCACACCAUGGUGCUCAACAUCACGGUCAUGCUGCGCACCGGCAGCCCCCCAGCACCCAUCACCAUCAGCUCGGCCCACAGCAUCAGCAGCAUCAACAGCAGCCACAACACCAGCACCACCAGCAUCAGCAGCAGCAUCAUCAUGCACUACAGCAGCACCACCAUCAGGACAUGCAACAGAUGUUGGCACACCCUCACCAGCACCAGCUGCAGACGCAUCAGCUACGCAAUGGAGUGGCCGCGGACGACCACAAGCUGGCCUCCGAUACCAAAUCGCCGUCGUCCUCUUCGCCGUCGCUACGCUGCGAGCCACAGCGCCAAACCGUCCUCAUGUGGGGUACGUCCUACAGCAACAGUAGAGAUUCGCUAACCACUUCCAUACACUGUAACAGUGCUGCCAGCGAUAGCGGCGAACCCCUCGCUAACACUAGCCAUGACGCACCAUCCGCAACCACCUACGACUACAUCGAUUCCGGUGCUGACUUUAAUCUGUUAAGCUUAACCAAACCCGUAACCACUAGCUCCUCCAUCGUCAUCAGCAAUAGUACCAGCAGCAGCACCAGCACGCCAAGUGGCAGUGGUGGCGGUAGCACCAACUCAAGCGCUAACAACUCCUCAGGAUCUACUCUUGGAGAUCUCUCGUCCACUAACAAUUCUAAUCAAACGCAGUGCAUUCCUUCUCCAGCGAUAGCGUUACCUUUGCCGUCAAACACUCCAAGUCCUAUGCUAACCGUACUAACCAACAUCUUGCGCAACCAGAGCACCAGCAGCAGCAGCGGGACGAGCCGCCACUGGAAUCACACUCUCAGAUUACACCGACCGGGGUCGUCAGAGAACAGUCAAGGUUGCUUUGAAUCUCAUUAA